AUGGUCGAGCAAGAGAAAGAGAUGGGAAGAGUCAAUGAAGAGCUUACAGAUAUACGUGGGAAUAUAGGUCAAAUCAUGGAGAUGUUGCAAGUAAUACGUGCAAAGAUGGAUACUCAACCCACAAUUGUUUCUGAGAUCGUCAAUCUGGUGAUUACUCCUCAGCCAGCAGUUACUACUCCAGCAACUUGGCCUCCCUUUGGUCUUCCUUAUGGUUUUGUGCCUCCUCCUCAAGGACAGUCCACUCAACACACAGUUCCAUUAACUACUGAAGUUAAUCAAGUGAUUCCUACUUUUGCACCCACUGCCUUGCACACUCGAGUUCAACCGUACUUCGAUGAUCAUCAACAAGUGUACGAUAUACCUGAUAUGUCUGAAGAAGGUGAUGAAAGACAUGAAAACCUAAGAGAAAAUGUUGAAACCAUUGAGAAAAGGCUAAGACCAAUGGAAGGUGAUCAGAUCUUUGGUGCUGCUGCCAGAGAAAUGUGCCUUGUAUCUGGAUUGGUGAUCCCCGCAAAAUUCAAGACACGCAACCUUGAUCAAUAUGAAGGAGCUACUUGUCCUAAAAGUCACCUCAUCAUGUAUUAUAGAAAGAUGGAAGCUCACGUGGACAAUGACAAACUCAUGAUCCACUGUUUCCAAGACAGUUUGAAAGGUGCCUCUUCCAAAUGGUACUUAACCCUUGAUCAGACUCGCAUCCGUUGUUUCCAAGAUUUGUCUGAUGCUUUCAUCAAACAAUAUAAGUACAAUAUGGAUCUAGCUCCUGAUAGAAGGCAAUUGUUGAGCAUGUUCCAAAAGGAUUCUGAAUCCUUUAAAGAAUAUGCACAAAGGUGGAGAGAGACUGCAUCUCAAGUGGAACCUCCAUUAACUGAAAAAGAAUUGGCAUAUUGGUUCGUCGACACAGUGCGACCAGAAUUUUUUGAAAGGAUGGUGGGAAGCGUGACUGCAAGUUUUUUUGACUUGGUGGCCGUGGGUAUCAAAGUGGAACUUGGCUUAAAAAAUGGCAAGAUGAUUAUUUCAUCUAAUAAUUCCAACAAUAACAACAAUACCAAGAAAUUCUCUAGUAGUUUCCAUAAGAAAAAGGAAGGAGAAACAAAUGCAGUGAUGGGUAGUAGAAGAAAGAAUCAGCCUUGGAAAAAGCAACAAUAUUUUGCUCAACAACAUUAUGUUCAACAACCACAAUUUUCUCAACAGCCGUAUGUAGUAGCUAUUACACCGACUUUCAAUCAUCAAGUCCUAGUGCAUCAGUCAACUCAAGCAGUUCCGAUCUUUCAAACAACACCCAAUGUUCCAACAUAUCAACAAGCGCCCAACGCUCCAGCUUAUCAACAAAGGACUCCAGCUCCGCGCCAAAAUGCUCCAUUUCAAAAUAGAAGACAAGGUGGAAAACCUCUGAUUCCUCAGAUCCCCAUGUCUUACACUGAAUUAUAUCCGUCAUUGUUGAAGAAAGGGUUAGUUGUUCCGAGACCUUUGGGACCUCCACCAGAUCCUCUCCCACCAUAUUACAAUCCCAAUGCACAUUGUCUGUUCCAUGAAGGUUCCCCAGGGCAUGAUUUGGAAGGUUGUUAUGUCUUAAAACAUAUUGUGAGGGAAUUGAUUAAGAAAAAGAUUCUUUCAUUUGGGGAUACCAGUCCGAAUGUCAAAAAUAAUCCUUUGCCCACUCAUGGGUCUGUAAAUGCUAUUGAUGAUGAGUCUGAUGAAGGUCUAAUUCUGGAUGCAACCAAAAUCAAGACUCCGCUCAGAGAUUUUCAUGCAAAGUUAGUGGAGGCAGGUUUAUUGAAGAAUUACCAUAAGAGUUGUGAAGAAUGUACUAUUGGUCCUAAAGGAUGUGAAAUGGUCCGAAAGGAUAUUCAAGAAUUGAUUAACCAAGGUGUGUUGCAAGUAAGCGGUCGUAUGAAAAAGAAUGAGGUAGCAGUGAUUGAACCCAUCUUCAAUCUACCUGAGUUAAGUACUACAACACCAAUCUUCAAUAUUCCAGAGCCAAUAUUCAACAUUCUAGAUUCUACUUUUGUUAAGCCAAUUUUUAACAUUCCAGAAUCAGUUGAACCAAUCUUCAAUAUGCCUAAUCCAGUGGUUGUCCAAAGGCCUAGCUCUUUUCCUUUUAAGAAUACUAAAGCAGUUCCUUGGAAGUAUGAUACAUCUGUGGUUAACCAAAGGUCUGACAAAGUAGGUCAUAAAAAAGGUCUAAAUAUUGCAAGCACUGAUAUAGCAGUGGGAAGUAGAAUGACUCGCAGUGGUUACAUUUAUACCCCUCAGUUCAACUUGGCUCCGCCAAUUCCACCAAAAGAAACCACCAUUACUGUUACCGACAAAGGCAAAGAGGUGAUCACAAAAGAUGAAGACGCUGAAUUUCUGAGGAUUAUCAAGAAGAGUGAUUACAAGAUUAUUGAUCAGCUGCAUCAAACUUCUUCAAAGAUAUCCAUUUUGUCUCUUCUCAUGAGUUCUCCAGCUCAUAGGAUUGCCUUGUAG